AUGUGGCCGGCCGGCGCGGGCUCCAAGCUGCCCUGCCCCCGGGACUCCGCGCUCCGCCGGGCGGCAUUCAGCGGGAACCUCACGGCCCUGCCUUCUCACCUCGUGCCCGCGGGCCGCAGUGUGCGGGUCUUCAUCAGCGCCAACCCCGAAGACACAGGAGCAGAAAGACAGGCACUACGAGAAAAUGUGUAUCCUAAGCUGAGAGAAUUCUGCAGAGAAAACUAUGGAUUGGAAUUUCAGGUCAUAGAUCUGUACUGGGGAGUUGAUGAAGACGAAUGGGACAGCCCAGAGCUCCAGAAGACACGCAUGAAGCUGCUGGAAGAUUGCCUGAAAACUUCUGCAGGUCCAUGUUUUGUUGGACUGUUAGGUGAAAAAUAUGGGAACAUCCGAAUCCCUGGAGAAGUUGAAGCCUCAGAGUUUGAAAUGAUCCUGGAUGCUGCUGUGGAGGCCAAGUUGGAGACCAAGUUAAUGGAAGAGUGGUAUUGUCGAGAUGAGAACUCUGUGCCCGCAGCUUAUUACCUCAGACCCAAGUCAGAAGUGCUGAGGAGCAACAAAAAUGCAAUGCAGCCUGCUACCCCUGCGGACAAUGAGAUGACCUGGAAAGAGAUAUCAGAUGAGAUCAAGAAGAUAUUUAAGGCUGCUGUAAAACUGUUACACGAGAAGGGUAAAAUGAAACACAGCCAAGCUAAGAGGUACCUGUUCUCAGCCAUUGAGGAUGAAUUUGACUUCGCUCUAGGAAAGCAAACUCCAGCAUUCCUAAAGAAGUGUGUUUGCUACAUUAGGAAAAUUGCUAACAUCGAGCGCUUUGUGAAAAUCCCAGAGAUGGGAAAAUACAUGGAUAUCACUGGAACAGAUCCCAGGAUUAUUCGCGACCCAGAAGCUCAAGAGAAGCUGAUAAAACUCAGGGAUGAAUUUAUUCCAACUAUUGUUGCAUCAUCUAAUCUGAGAGUAUACACGUCUGUUACUCAUUGUGACAUGAAACUAGGCUAUUCCCAAGAAAUAGAAAAUCACUACAUAGAAGGCCUUGGUAAACAAUUUUACGAGGACAUGAUUGACAUAAUCCAGGCCACAGUGCAACAGAAUUUUGACACUGAAACAGAUACACUGUAUGAUGAAAUCCUUCAGCAUUCCUCCCUGUGUAAAACAUAUGCCUCCUUCUACGAGUACAAAUGUGAAUCUCUAAACAUCGUGCAUAAAUACCUUCUCCCAAGCAAAACUGGGCACAUCAGCCCUCUCAUUGUAUACGGUGGACCAUGCACUGGGAAGACCCUUCUGCUAGCUGAAGUAGCAAAGAAGGCCUAUGCCUGGCUUCAUGAUGACACAGGACCAGACUCUGACCCUGUCAUCGUUGUGAGGUUUCUGGGAACAACAGACAUGAGCACUGACCUAAGGACUCUCCUCCUAAGUAUUUGUGAACAAUUGGCAAUUAACUACCAGUGUCUGGUUCAAAGCUACCCUAAGAAGAUCCAUGACCUCCGUGACUUAUUUAUAAACCUCUUGAAUGAAUCUUCCUUGCAGAGGCCUCUAGUAAUAAUAUUCGAUGCCCUAGAGCAGCUCUCGGAGAAUGACGAUGCCAGAAAGCUCUGGUGGCUCCCAGCUCACCUUCCCCGCUUCGUACGGAUAGUCCUCUCCACACUGCCCAAUAAACACGGGAUCCUGCAGAAACUACGGUGCCUUAUCCACGAAGACGACAACUACAUUGAGCUGAUUCCCCGGGACAGGAAGAUGUGCAGCCAGGUACUCAAACACCAGCUGCUACGAGUUAAAAGGAAGGUCACGUCCGGCCAGCAGAUUUAUGUGAACAAUGCCUUCUCCAAGUGCACGCUGCCAAUGUUUGUGAACCUGACCUUCAGGGAGGUGAGACACUGGAGAUCUCACAAAGACGUCGAUGAAACCUCCCUCUGCAUCAAUGUUCAUGAGAGUAUAGAGCAGUUAUUCUGGUCCUUGGAGAAGAUGUGUGGUCAGAAACUGGUCUCCAGGGCUCUUGGUUACAUCACCAUGGCCAAGAUGGGUCUGAGUGAGAUGGAACUGGAGGACGUAUUAGCCCUGGACAACAGUGUUAUGAAUGAGCUCAACGAGAAUGCCAGGCCCAACAAUCCCCUGAGAGUACCUUAUUUGUACAUUGCAAGGCUCAAGGAAGGGCUCAGCGGAUACUUAAUAGAAAGACAUGUGAAGAAUGUCACACUCCUGGUCUGGGCCAACAGACACCUACAUCUCAUAGCCCAGAAGCUGUAUCUGCAGGAUGACAGGGACCUGCGUGAAAUGCACACCAUCCUGGCAGAUUAUUUUCUAGGGGUCUGGUCGGGGGGAAGGAGGAAAGCGUUCUGCCUGGAAGACCCCUACCUUAAUGGCUGCCUUGACUUGGACAGCAGAAGCCUGCUUGAGGAAGAAAAACACUUCAUGGAACAGGCUUCCUUUGACAGACAGGCCCCAGACCAGCCCUGGGUUUUCCAGUGCAAUCCCCUGGAGCCUGACAUUUUCUUCGUCAACCAUCGGAAGAUGACUGAGCUUCUGCACCACCUGACAAGAUGUGGAAAAACCGAUGACCUGCUUUAUGGUAUCAUCAUGAACUUCAGCUGGCUUUAUACCAUGAUCAAAAUUGGCCAGUUUGAUAAAGUGCUUUCAGACAUCGAGCUGGCGUACAACUACUCACAAGAGAAGGAGCUGAAGUUCCUGGCUAGCACCCUCCGCAGCAUCAGAAACAAGGUCGUUGCGUUUCCUGGCUCCCUUUCAGCUGAGCUGCAGCAAAGGCUUCUGCCUGUUGUGAGUUCCCUGCCUAAAUUAAGACACCUUCUUUUAGAGUGUGACAAAGAUGGGCCCAAGUACUGCUCCAUUGUGCCCUUGCAUUCAUCCAUGGAUGUGACAUACAGCCCAGAGCGUCUCCCUUUAUCAUCCAGUCACCUGCAUGUCACAGAGAUUCUGCCUACCUGUAACCCCAGCACUGUCCUCACAGCUUUAGAAAAUGGUUCCAUCAGCACCUGGGAUGUAGAGAGCCGCCAGCUACUCAGGCAAAUCACGACAGCCCAGUCUGUCAUCCUGGGCAUGAAACUCACUACUGAUGAAAAGUACCUUGUGGUGGCUACGACAAAUAACACCUUGUUGGUUUAUGACAACGUCAACUCUUGUCUCCUGUCUGAAGUGGAAAUCAAAGGGACCAAGCAUGGAAGCAGCUCCACCUACAUCAAUGGAUUUACACUGUCAGUCAACCAUGCCCUUGCAUGGCUUGAAGCCAGUAAAGAUGUCACUGUCAUUGAUCUGCUCUACGGAUGGCCCCUUUACCAGUUCCACUGCUGGUAUGAAGUAACGUGUGUCCAGUGCUCUCUGGACGGGGUGUAUGCUUUCUGUGGACAGUACCUGAACACGACCACCAUAUUUCACUUAGGGAGUGGAGAAAAGUUAUGUACGGUGACCUCUGAAUUUUCAGGAGGUUUUGUGAAGUUUCUUCUUAUCUUGGACACAGCUCAAGAGAUGGUAAUGGUAGAUAGUGAAGGAAGUCUUUCUGUUUGGAAUACUGAGGAUAUUUCCAACCCCCAGCUGACUGAUGACUUUGACUGCCGUAGAGAAGACAGCGAGGUGGUCAGCAUUGAACUUUCGGAGGACCAGAGUGCCAUUCUGAUCUGUAAAGCUCUCAGCAUUGAGCUCUUAGACACUGGCGUGUGGAAGGUGGCUGAGAAGUUCAGAGCCAAGCACAAUGAGCGCUUUAUAUCAGCUGUGCUGUCCAAAAACGGAGACUGCAUCAUUGCAACCAUGGAAAAUACCUCAGCCGUGUUCUUUUGGAGGCGGGACACGGGACAAUGCAUGGCAAGCUUACAGGAGAUCUCAGGUACCAUAGUGAAGUUGGUAAAAUCCAGUCACCACAACAUGCUGCUCUCUUUAUCAACCAGCGGCAUUCUAUCUAUUUGGGAUAUAGAUAUAAUCACAGCUAUGUCCAAUAUUGAUAAGACUGGGAAACCAAUCCAAAGUCUGGUGUUGCCUGCGAGAGGGGAAAUCAUUUACUCCCUGGAUGGCUCUGACUGUGUUCAUAAAUGGAAUUUCAGCAACGGGUUCAUUGAGGCAGUAUUCAAGCAUGAAGGAACAGUUGAGCACUGUGUGUUAACAUCCGCUGGGGACAUCAUGGUGACAUCAGAUGACAAAAGCAGCCAGUAUGUUUGGCACACCAGCAGUGGGGAAAACCUCUUCCGAAUUAAUGGGCAGAGAAUAUCUCAGCUGCUGAUUACACACAAUGACCAGUUUGUGGUCUCACUGUGUGAAGAAAAUGCCUCCAGGGUGUGGAGACUGGCCACAGGCCACAGGGUCUGCAACAUUCUGACCACCUUGCAGAAUGCCUUUAUUACUUCUGCAAACACCUUCGUGGUGGGGAUGACGAAAAGCAAAGUGCUGGCUGUCAGUCUUUGGACGGGAAGUAUCACCAAGAAAUUUUGCUGUGAAGAUGGGACCAGCAUUGUGAAUUUUAAACUGAUCCCUGACUGUCCUGACAUCAUUGUGUUCAUCACAUCAGCUGAGACUGUGAACAUUUGGAGUCUGGCAGAUGAAGUGAUCUGUCGACGCGUGCAGCUGCCAAACAACUUCCUGAAAAAUCUAGAGGAUUUUGAAAUUUCUCCCAAUGGAAAGCUAGGCAUUAUAUCUAGGGGAGAUGAAAAUAUCAAUGUAUUGGAUUUACACAGUGGUAAAUUACGGGUGGUUCACGCCUCUGGGGUCAUCUGGCGCCAGAGGUUGUCACGAGAUGGUCGCUACCUGGUAUACAUUUGUUUCCGGAAUGGGGAGGAGGAGGAUGAAAAUGGUGCAAUAUCCAGUCUAAUCGUAAUGAGGCUGGCUGAUGGCAAAAAUAUCGGUGCUUGUUCUCUUUACAAAACGCCCACUUUUCUCGCACUCUCUCAGCGGCACCUGCACAUCAUUGUGGGCUUUGAUGAUGGGAGUAUAGGGAUAUACACGGUAGUGGACCGUGUAGAUGCUGCACUAAAAAUUAAAAUUGCUACUUCAAAUAGCAGACAAAUUUUCAACAAUGCAACACAGGUAUCAAGGCCAAAGUCUAACAGUUACUGUUUUAAAGUAUCUGUGGAUUGCUUAUGGAGAGAGUCUACCGAGGUCUUUGCAAGAGACAGCCCCAUCACAGUGAGCGACUCUUCUGAGUCCAAUGAAGCCACGCCAUCCAAGAAACACAACUCUUGUUAUGACCGGGUGUGCUCUGCCCUAGAGUCCAGAGGACAUAGCUAUGCCCCUGAUAACUGAAAAAAUGUUUAUCUUGUUCAACAUACAUGAUCCAUGUACAAAAGACACCAAAAACAAUGUGUCUUCUGUAUCCCAAAUGAUCAACCACUCGUUUCUUAAAAGACAGGAGAGAUCUGAAAUCCCAGUGUUGUGCUGUUGUGCUCAUGAAAUGUAUGGAGAUGUGAGACUGGUCUGAGGUGAAGUCCUUUUGUCAAAGUGUAUCCAGGAAUGAAGGAAUGACAGAAAGUGUCUAGAAGUAGUACUUACAAUUAGUUGUGUUGUAAGAAGUAGCAUAAUUCAUGCCAUUGGUUCAGAUCAGAGAGGCUAGAGUUACCAAUAAACCAUUUGGAAAGGAAUUAGUUCUAAAAAUUCAGUUGAAAUCCUAAAGACAAAGAGCUGUUUGACUUCAAAUGAUUGUGUGAUAAGUAAACACAGCCUUAAUCUCCUUUCCAUUUUACAGUCCUGAAAACUGUGUAAACCUAGUCUGCAGAUGAAAGGUCUAAAGGUGCAAAAUCAUGUAACAAACAUGCCCAGAUGCAUUCCCAGUCUCCCAAGAGACACGACAUGAUCUAUGUGACCAUGAACUGGACUGGGACGAGAACUAACCGUCGCUACCAUAGGGCUACUCAACAUGGCGAGUUGGUCUUCAUUACAAUACAAUUGCAGCAACUGCAUGCAAGGGUUUCUGUAUGGAGUAUAUGAUUUUUAAACUAUUUACUUCCUUGGUUACAAAAGAACACAUUUAAUAAGAAAACACAAUCUUUUCACAUCUUUUUGAAACAUAUAUUUGUGCUGUAUGUAAGGAACCACAGAAAGGGCAUUACACAUGUGAUCAGUUCUAUCAUCGUACUAGCAAGUCCGUACUAUUCAGUCCAUUGUACGGAGGUAUCAGUUUUUUCCUACAUCCCUGCAGUAUAUCAAUAGAAAGCAAGUGUUCUCAAUAGACCAUCUCUGAAACACUGAUGACAUUUGCCUUAUUCUUAUUCCCCCUCUCUAUUUAAAAUGCAGAUAGAUGACAAACUACUCUGGGACAAAUUGAAUAUGCCCGUCUGUGUGCUAAAAUAUCCCUUAUAUCUUAGGAGUGUCCAAAGGUUCUUUCUUGUCCUUAUUUGUAAUGACUUCCUUACUGCUGCACACCACAUGUAUGCUUCUUUACCUGUUAUACUUCCUGAUGGAUGAUGCUCUUGGACCUCUUAUUGUCUUAACCAUUUCAAAGUAGAAGCUGUGCAAUGGUCUUCAGUGUUUUUAAAACAGCAGCAGCUACACUUACUGAAAAGAAAAUAUCACAUCUCGAAAGAGUAAAGUGAUUUUCUACCUUUCCUAUCCACCACAGGGCAUGUCAGUCAUGAUGGUUGGUUUGGUUUUCUUUGAAAGUGGCAAUGACUUUAGUAAGCAGAAUAAUGAACAAAGAACAGAGUGGUCCAACUUUGCCAUGAACUCAUUGUAUCCCUAGCCAGAUGUUUAACCUCCCCAGUGUAUUAUUUUUUCUUAACCAUAGGUAAAGUUACUGGAAGCUUCUGCUAUGGCCCUCAGAGAGUGUUGGUAAGUCAUGUGAGAAAAAAAAUACAGCAACAUCUUGAGAGCUGAUGUAAAUGAGAAAACCAAGUGUUCUGCCCACUAGAAAACCCAAGUCUAUUAUGAUUCACUUUGGAAAUCACUUUGACACUUAAGCAUUCAAACAUGUAAUUCAGAUAUAAACACGCCACACCAUAAUGAAAGACUUUUAUUAAGAUCCUCCCUCUCCCAAUUUAGCUUCCAGACAUAGGUAGCAACCCAGAGAAGGCUCAGAGCCACGUAUAGAUCACCUGGAGUUGACUGGGUGAAUCAGUGCUGUUUAACUCUUCAGACAACACAUUCUUAGUCCUGUCAUUAUCAGCUAGACCUCCAUGCUAUACAUUUCUAACAAUUAAACCCCUAAAUGGAUUAAUGUAGUGUGUGAAUGUUCAGUGUAAAAGCCAAUAGAGUAUAACAAGUGACUUGAAUGAUUUUUUUCCUAACAUGUUUGCAACUGAUAGCUCAUAUUGAAUGUUUUUAUGUAAACUUUGUAUUGUUGGGGAGAACAACCCACUCAGAGAUUUAUAUUUUUCAUAAAUGUUACAUUUAGUUAAAUUUUGUU